AUGGCUGCCUUACUCCGCACGGCCGCGGCCCUCGCGCCCCCGCCCUCGUCGCCGCUGUCCGCACGGGAGCCGCGUGGGCGGUGCCUGCGGCUCGCCUGCUCCCGGCGCGCGCCGGCCCGACCGCUCCGGGCGUGGCUGCUGCCGACUCCGCACGUCUUCUGUCGCGACGGGUGCAGGCUCCGGCGCCUGGCCGCCACCGAGGCCGACGAGGCUGCGCAAACGGCGACGCAGGAGGAUUCAGAAACCGAAGUUACUGGAGAUAGUGCUGCAGAUGAUGGUGCUGGAAGCACAGAUGAAACUCCAUCUAUUAUUGUGACAACACUGCAGUCAUACAGAGAAGCACUGAUUAAUGAUGAUGAAGCAAAAGCUGCUGAGAUAGAGUCCUUUUUACUUGCCAUCGAGGAUGAGAAAAACUCUCUUUUGAACAAAAUCACUGCUCUAAAUGCCGAGCUAGCAACUCAACGAGAACGUAUCUUGAGGAUCAGUGCUGAUUUUGACAAUUUCAGGAAAAGGACAGAAAAUGAGAAGCUUAACAUGAUGGAAAAUGUUCAAGGGGAACUUAUAGAGAGCUUUUUGCCUGUUCUCGACAACUUUGAAAGAGCAAAAAUGCAAAUAAAGGUGGAAACAGAGGGAGAGGAGAAAAUAAAUAAUAGCUACCAGAGCAUUUAUAAGCAAUUUAUCGAGAUUCUGAAUUCACUGGGCGUUGAAGAUGUUGAAACUGUAGGCAAACCAUUUGAUCCUAUGCUUCAUGAGGCUAUUAUGAGAGAAGAGUCAUCAAAGUACGAAGAGGGGAUCAUUCUCCAGGAAUUCCGAAAAGGUUUCAAACUCGGGGAAAGAUUACUUCGCCCAGCAAUGGUCAAGGUGUCUGCAGGACCAGGUCCUGAAAUGUCUGCAGGACCAGGCCCUGAAGUGUCUAGAGAUGAUGACCCUACAAUUGUUGAAGAUAGUGUGGCACCUCAAAAGGUUGAAGAUGUUGAAGAUGAUGGUUUUGAUGGCGGCGAUGCAGAAUAG